AUGGAAGGCUUUAAUAGUUUGUUCAAGUCCAGAGUAUCUGAGGUGAAUUGCAUGAACAUGAUCCGUGAGCUUAGUAAACAAGAAAUUAAAAGUGUUAUUUUUUAUAUUGAGGAUGACAAAGCUCCGGGUCUAGAUGGGUACUCCUCAAAAUUCUUCAAAGCAGCUUGGAGUAUUGUGGGGGAUGAAGAGUUAGAAGCAAUUAUUGACUUCUUCAACAAUGGUAAACUUUUGAGGGAGGUGAACUCUAUGGUGAUAACGCUUGUUCCAAAGCUGAAAUGCCGAGACCUUAUGGAAGUGAAUCAAUUAGCCUUGAUUCUAGACAGGCGUAUAAGUGACAAUAUUUUGUUAGCUCAAGAGCUAUUUAAGAACUACCACAGUAGUACUGGAGCUGCUAGAUGUGCUUUUAAAGUGGAUAUACAAGAAGCUUAUGAUAGUGUUGAUUGGGGCUUCUUGAUCCAAACCUUGAAAUAUUUUGGCUUCUCGGAAAAAAUGAUAGGCUGGAUCAAAGAAUGUGUUACCACUCCUUCUUUUUCGGUUUUAUCUCUCAUUAUCCGUCAUAAAACUCGGGAAAGAGGGGGUUUCAAAUACCAUUUCCGUUGUGAUAAACUUGGGAUAAGUCAUCUUUGCUUUGCGGAUGACUUAUUCCUCUUUUGCCACGAGGACCCUUUCUUGGUUCAAGUGUUGAGAGACCCCUUUAAAGAGUUUUCUGAAGUAUCUGGCCUGGUUCCAAACAUUGCCAAAAAUUCCUCAUUUUUCUUUAAUGUGAAAGAUGAGCACCAAGCUGUUAUUAACAAUAUUAUGGGCUUUGAUAAGGGAAAACUCCCUAUCAGAUAUCUUGGUGUCCCCAAAGUUUAUCUUAUGCUGACAAUAGAAAAACUUAUGUGCUCGUUUCUGUGGUCUGGCAAUGACAUGAGCAAAGGGAAGGGACCCCUUGACGAGAUUGUUCCUUCACAGAUCUUCUACCUUUCAGGGUUGGGGCAUAAUGCCCGAGUGAGUGACAUUUUUAGAAAUGGGUUAUGGGAGUGGCCUGAAAUUCUUGGAGAAGAAUAUCCAGUGGGCUAUGGUGUAUUUCUUAUGGCAGGAGCGGAACUUUCGAUUAUUCAAAAACACACGGAGAAGUACAGAUAUGCUAGAAAUUCUGUUGUUUGGGGAGGUCAGACUUAG